GUUGGAAAGAAUUUAAAGUAUAUUCUGAAAUAGCAAGAGGCUACUUUAAUGUUUGGCUGAUAGUUUCCAUUGUUCUCCCUGAUAGUUUUAGAACAUUUAAAACAUGAAGUGUAGUACUCUGGGCUGUAUAAAUUCUGGAAGUGUACAGAAGAGGUAUUAGAAGCAAGUCUUGAGAUUUUAGUUUAUUACAUAAUAAGAAAUUUUUUAUUUUUGAGUGCACUUGAUUGGGAAGGGUUCAAGGAAUGCUAUUUGUGUUAGAUAAGGCAUUAUAUAUAGAGGUACUGUUUCUGUAAAUCUCAUUGCUGUUGGUUUCUUUGAGUGAUUCCCUUCCCUUCCUCCCAUUUGGUGACUAAGAACUGGAAAAUGUAACUUGCUGGUAAUAGUGAAUAGCAAUGAAAAUUACUUACAGAGUUAGUGGUUCAAAACUCAAGAGUCAGAAGACAUGAUUUUUCAACUCUGGUUCUGCCACUUAGUUGAGUUGACUUUCACUGAAUGCUUCCUCAUCAGUAAAAUUGGAGUGAGUUUGGUGGUAUCCCCUCUAUGUAUGUCACAGGAUUGUUGUGAAAUAAAAUAAGAGGAAAAUGCUCAAUAAACUAAAAAGCACUGUCUUAUUACUGGAUGAUCACAUCACCUGCAGUGCUAAUUUAUAUGUCCAGAACUUAGUGAAGCAGCAAAGACAGUGUGUGCACCUUAGGUGCCUUACCAUUAGAAACAAGAUGAUCUCAGUAAUGAUACCAAGUUCUACCUGGUAUGUAUAUCACUUUGACAAAAAAAGAAAAGUAGCAUAGAAAGCUGGUGGAGAAAAUGUCCGUUUCUUUUUCUGACUUGCCCACUUCUGCAAUGAAAGAACACUAACCUGAAAUGGAAGAGGUGAUUCUGAUUCUGACACUAAUCUGUUACUUCAAUUCGGGUCGUCACUUUAUCUCCCUAUUUGUUUCCAAAGCAUGUGCUUUAAAAUUAGAUCUUUAUUCACAUUCCAACUCUACCACUUAUUAAGAAUUGCCUUGACUUAAUUUUACUGUGCCUCAGUUUCCUCAUUAAUAACAAGGGGCAUUUUUUACCAUCUGUGAAAACUUCCCUGUAAUUCAUUUCUCCUCACUGCAGUAUUAAGAAUUAUACCAAUUUUCAAAAUUACAUCAACAUGUGAAAUGGACUUCUCAACAUCACCAAGAAAAAAAAAACAGAUUGAAAAGAUAUGAAUGAAUAUCCUAAAAAAAGAAAAAGGAAGACAUUACACCCUUCUCGUUACUCAGAUUCUUCUGGAAUAAGCAGAAUUGCAGAUGGAUUCAAUGGAAUUUUUUCUGAUCAUUGUUACAGUGUUUGUUCUAUGAGACAGCCAGACUUAAAAUAUUUUGACAACAAAGAUGAUGAUUCUGAUACAGAGACAUCAAAUGACUUGCCAAAAUUUACAGAUGGAAUCAAGGCCAGAAAUAGAAAUCAGAACUACCUGGUUCCCAGUCCUGUACUUAGAAUUCUAGACCACACUGCCUUUUCUACAGAAAAAGCUGCUGAUAUUGAAAUUUGUGAUGAAGAGUGUGACUCACCUGAGUCAGUCAACCAACAAACUCAAGAGGAGAGUCCUAUAGAAGUUCACACUGCUGAAGAUGUUCCAAUUGCUGCAGAAGUGCAUGCAAUUUCUGAAGAUUAUGAUAUAGAGACAGAAAACAAUUCCUCGGAAAGUCUCCAAGACCAAACUGAUGAGGAGCCACCAGCUAAACUUUGCAAAAUUCUUGACAAGAGCCAAGCUUUGAAUGUGACUGCCCAACAGAAGUGGCCUUUACUGAGAGCCAAUAGCAGUGGCCUCUAUAAGUGUGAACUUUGUGAGUUCAACAGCAAAUAUUUUUCUGAUUUAAAGCAGCAUAUGAUCCUGAAGCAUAAGCGUACUGAUUCAAAUGUGUGUCGAGUAUGCAAGGAAAGUUUCUCUACCAACAUGCUUUUGAUUGAACAUGCCAAACUGCAUGAAGAGGAUCCCUACAUUUGUAAAUACUGUGAUUAUAAAACAGUGAUUUUUGAGAACCUCAGUCAGCACAUUGCAGACACCCAUUUUAGUGACCACCUCUAUUGGUGUGAGCAGUGCGAUGUACAGUUCUCCUCAAGCAGUGAACUCUACCUACAUUUCCAGGAGCACAGCUGUGAUGAACAGUACUUGUGUCAGUUUUGUGAACAUGAAACAAAUGAUCCAGAAGACUUGCAUAGCCAUGUGGUAAAUGAACAUGCAUGUAAAUUAAUUGAGUUAAGUGAUAAGUAUAACAAUGGAGAACAUGGACAGUACAGCCUCUUAAGCAAAAUUACCUUUGACAAAUGUAAAAACUUCUUUGUAUGUCAAGUAUGUGGUUUUCGGAGUAGACUUCAUACAAAUGUUAACAGGCAUGUUGCUAUUGAACAUACUAAAAUUUUUCCUCAUGUUUGUGAUGACUGUGGGAAAGGCUUUUCAAGUAUGCUAGAAUAUUGCAAACAUUUAAAUUCACAUUUAUCUGAAGGGAUCUAUUUAUGUCAAUACUGUGAAUAUUCAACCGGACAAAUUGAAGAUCUUAAAAUUCAUCUAGAUUUCAAGCAUUCAGCUGACUUACCUCAUAAAUGUAGUGACUGCUUGAUGAGGUUUGGAAAUGAGAGGGAAUUAAUAAGUCACCUUCCAGUCCAUGAGACAACUUGAUUAUUUUCUUUAACUGCCGUAAUGUUAAUGUAAAAUAAUAAAUUUGACUUUUUUGGAGAUGUGAAAAUGGAUGAUUUUAAACAUAACUUAUGAGAAUUGCUUUUAACAAAUAAGAUUUUUUUAAUUGUCCAAUUUUCUUGGCAUUGCUACAUUUUUCAGUAUAUAAUGGUAUCCUAAAUGUGGUAUUUUCAGUGCAUGGUAGUUUUAACCACUCUUGGUAUCUGUCGUCUUGUUUCUUACAUAAGCUCUGAUUUCAUGAAUUGAUGAGAAACAGAUGUACUAAAGAAACUAGACUACAGUUUUCCUUCUGUAACCAUGGGUGCUAUUAAAUUUUUUAAACUCAAGAUGAACUCAGUUUUUCAUGUAUGAAGUCAUUAAAGUACUGCAUUAUCAGAACUUAAAUGCAAUGUACCAUACAAUUAAGUCCACUGAUAGUCCCAUUAAGAACCCAAACCUAGAUAAUCCCCAUCAGGAAUUAUCCCCAAGACUCAGUGGACGCUCCAUCUGUGUAAUUCUUUUAACAACACUAGGAGGCAAGUGUUACAGUAGGAAGGGAAGAUCUAGUUUUGUUGGCGGUCUUUUUUUUUCUCUUUUUUUUAAUUCUCAUUCAAUUUUAGCCCCAAUCUGUGAGUUAAAUGAUUUAAGAUGGGAGUGAGGAAGAACUGGUAAGGGAUUAGACAAUAAAACCAGUUGUAACAUUUCAUAGCUCAACCUUUUCACAAUUCAUUUUCAGUUAUGCGACAGCAAAGUAAGCCCAAGAUGCUGAUGUCAAAUCAUUUAUUGACUGCGAAAACCCACUGAGGUAUUAAUCUAGAAUUAGGAAGAUGUGGAAGAUAAGGGGUUCUGGCUUUCUUCUUGGCUUAUAGAUGGCCGUUUUCAUUCACAUGGUGUUCUCUUUGUAUGCAAGUCUAUUUCUCAAACUUCCCUUUUUUAUAAGAUCACCAGUCAUACCAGAUUAGGGUUAACCCUGAUGACCUUAUUUUAACCUAGUAAAGAUCCUGUCCCCAGAUACGGUCAUAUUUUGAGGUGCUGGGGCUUAGGACUUGAACAUUUGAAUUGGGAGAUGGGAGAAAGAGACAUAACCACAAUUCAAUAGCAGCUUCUUAAAUAGCGGUAUCACAAAGAUAUGAUUUGGUCUGUCAAUGAACUCCAAUAAACACUGCUGCUAACAAACGGCAGUGUUCAGGAAUAUUGCUAUAGUUGAAGAGAUCAAUUUAUGAUCUGUGGUUUUCCCACUACAAGAACCGUGGAAAUUUAAUCUAUCUUGAGAAUGGUGGCAGCAACAAGUUUUUUCAAAGCCAAUCAUUUUUAACUCUUAUUGUCAGAUAUGCAUAAUUGUAUUCCUAGAAAUUCAUCAGGGCUACCUGAUAGAAAUGUUUCUGAGAAAACUUAAUAUCAGAGUGGUUUAAACUGGACUAGAAUCUUAGAAACCAUCUGGUCUAAAUCCUCUAGUUCUCUAAGUUUCUUACAGAAAUAGGCCAAGGUCACAAAACCAGUUGUAGCAGACAGGGGUGGGAUCCAAGUUAUUUGGCUUCCAGUCUAAUAAUGUUUCCAUUACACCAUGUUACAUUAAAAUAUAAGCUUUGUCCUUGGGGUGUUUUUCAUGAUUACUUAACCUAGCUGUUCGGCUACCUUCUUGGUAAUUCUGUUUUUAUGCCUUUUUUAUAUACAUACACCUUCAAGAAUUUUAUUUUUAGGAAACAAACUAAUGCCUUGGUAGGUUUUUUUCAAUUUUGUAUUUUAUUGCUUUACAUUUGAUCACAUUAGUAAUCAAAGUAAUUGUAAGGAAACCUCAAGAGAUAUUAAUUCAAGUUUUAGAACCAUAUAAUUUUGUGCUUUUGAUGAAUCUGCAUCUUGAGGCCACAUCCCACUGACAGUUUGUCCAGUAAAAACUUUUUGCUUUGACUCAGCUUUCAAAUAAGUCAAUGACACCAUAAUUUGCUUGGGUAGCUGGUUUAUAUUUUUAGCUUAUUAAAGAACUUCUUCAGAAAAACAACCCUAACUAAAAAGAGAUUUUUCUAACUACUUCUGGGUUUUUCCCCCUCAAAAACAAACAUUUCCACUGAACUCUUGUGAUUUGAAGCACAGUUCAAGUCUGAGAAUACAUAACUGAUAGUGAUGUUUAUUAGCACUACAAUAGAAUUCUUGGCAGCAAGAAUUCUUGGCAGUAUUGGGCCAUUUUUUUUUCUUACUUUUUUUAUCUUCACCUUGCAAUGAGUUAUUACUUAUGGAAUUCCAAAUUCCCCUGUACUCCAAUAUUUGAAAGUGACUGUGCACUACUCAAAAGCCUCUCCUCCUGCUUGUAAAUUUGCCAGUUUUACCAUUUUAAAUCACCUCUCUUAGAUUUCCUGAGUGUGUGUCAUCACAUACUAACCAGUUUCUCCAUUUCACAGGGCCCACAGCCUGUUGUUAGGUGAUUGCUGAGUUGUUAGCAGCUGUAGUAUAUGUAGGGCUUUUGUUUUUGUUUUUUUUUAAUAGACUAACACUAUUCCUAAUUUUUAAAUCUGACUUGGAAAGCAUUGUAUUACUUAAUUUCCGACACUUUACCAUUAACCUUACUUUUGCUUGUUUUGUCAGUAUUACUACCUUUUGCAAGACGUUUAAUAUGUUUCCCAAAUGACUAUGAUUCAUUUUUAAUGGAAUUUUAAUGCCUAAAAAGCACUAUGACUUACACAAAUUUGAAAAAGCUAAUAAAAAUCAAAUGGCCACAGUCCUCUUGCGAAGCAGAUUGGUUUGCCAAAAAAUCAAUACUCGUUAAGAAUUUAAGUGAAAACAAAUAGUUAGACCAAACAUCCCAAUGGAGAAGCCAAUUUGAUUGGUCAGGUUUACCCUAUAAUUAACACAGUCUCAUUCCUAUAAAUUAAGAUGAAAUUUGGGGAUAUAUAUAUUAGUUUGCCUGUAACUUUCAGUUCUGAUGACUGAAGAUAGAAUAUCUACAAGAAUUUUUGUUCAAGGCAUUUAGGUUAUGGAAUUACAUAUACUCCUAAUAUUGGUUUAGCUUUCCAUAAAUUAAUCUUUUAAGACAACAUUCAAAUCAAAGAGAAAGAAAUGUGUACAUUUAUGUUGUAAAAUACAUAUUCACAAAGCUAAAAGUUGUCACGUAAUUUACAUAUUUAUAUGAAGUUAUAUGUUCAAUUUGUAAGUUUAAAAAUUUUAAGACCGUGUUGUUUGAAGCCUACUUCAUACUAGCCAUUGAAAAUAAUUUUCUGGAUAAAGACUUCCUGUAUUAAAGCAUCAGUCAUCACAA